AUGACGCUCCUGUCCCAUUUUCAGAUCGCAGUCUUCGCCGCCGUCCUGGCCGUGGCACGCGCCGGCUACCUGGGCGCCCCUGCCGUGGCCUACGGCGCCGCCCCCGCCUACGCCGCCCCCGCCUACGCCACCCACGCCGUCGCCCCCGCGGCCAUCACCUCCCAGCACUCCAACAUCCUGAGGAGCUACGGCAACCUGGGACAGGUGUCCACCUACUCCAAGACCAUCGACACCCCCUACUCCAGCGUCAGCAAGUCUGACGUGCGCGUGAGCAACGAUGCGCUGGCCCACGUGGCCGCCCCCGUGGCCUAUGCCGCCCACGCCGCCCCCGUCGCCUACGCCGCCCACGCCGGCCCUGUGGCCUACGCCGCCCACGCCGCACCUGUGGCCUACGCCGCCCCCGCCGUCCACGCCGCCCCCGCCGUCGUCAAGGCCGCCGCCCCCGCCGUCGGUCUGCUGGGAGUGGCCUACUCCGCCGCCCCUGCUGUCGCCCACAUGACCUACUCCAACGGUCUUGGUCUCAGUUACGCCUGGUAAUUCCCAUGCGCAAUCCUGACCUUGUCUCCAUCUC